CUCUUGAUGUGGCACAUUUCCUCCUGCAGGAGAACGGAGAGAGCAGUCCUCGAUCAGAAGAGUGACACAGUCGUAUCGCACACUGCGCUCUUCAGAUCGCAUAUUACCCAUGUUUGUCUUCAUCUUUUCGCGGUAGGACGAUGGCUGAUAUUCACCAUUAUCCCGUUUUCUUUGAGUGCCGCAGCCUGCGCGCGGAGCAGAGGAAGGCAAUAGAGACAUAUUUCCGUAUUCGUCGCCGAUCAGGCGGAGGUGACUGCGGACCACUGAGGAGUGUGGACGAUCAAGUCUACAGCAUUGCUUUCAGAUAUGAGAGAGAUCAGCAAAAAGUCCUGGAGAGAGGCGAGCAUGUUGUGCAGCUCGCAGAUGGUCCUCUGGUGUUCACUGUCCGAGGCAGCCUGGACCCUCACACCCCAUCUCCCAUCACUCCAAGCCAGGAUACAACAGCUUCAGCACAGAUCCCACAGUCUAUUCCUGCCUCAACUCCUCCACCAAGUGGUGAAGAAUAUGAACUACGACCUGAUACUUACCUCCUACAUUACCUAAAGGAAUGUCCCGAGGCCGGGGAAGAACUAGAGAAAGAAUUUGCUUCUGUGUCCUGCUCUGCUCAGCUUUACCCAGAGGAGGGCAGGGUUUUAGUCAAGAGUUUAGCCCAACCUGGUGUUGUAGAUGAAGGUAGAAACUGGAAAGCUGAGGUAGACAAACUCUUUGAUGCCUACCUGUGCCACUAUGAGGUGGACCCUCACAAAGUCAAAGCUUUGCUUCAGUCCUGCAGUUCUCAUCAGACUACAGAUGAGGUGAAGGUGUACAGUGAGGGUGGGCUGGUUGUUGUGGUUGGGAAACGUUCUCAGGUGAAGGCGAGGUUGAUGGAUGUAGUGGACCUGACUGUUAAACAUCGAGGGACACACUCACUUAAGAGGCAAACCAGCAUUCGUCGACUGGGUGAGGCCAAACUCCGCCUCCUCUGGAAAGAGAUUGAGCAUGGUGUAGGACGAAAUUUUCCAGAAGUUAAGGUCACACAGGGAGAUGCAGGUCAGGUAGUUUUGGAAGGUUCUGUGGAGGAUAUUCUUAAGGCUGGAGAUUGGAUUUCUGAGAAGGAGAAUCUGGUGUUAGAAAGGACAGUUUCUAACAUGAGCCCACAUCUUCUGGCUUAUGGAGGUCCAAGGAUGCUAGGUGACUUUUUAGGGGUUGGUGACGAGGUGGAAAUAGAAUUACGAGGCGCAGAGCUACGUGUCUUCUCCCUCUCUGCUGAUAAACUGGAUGAUGCAGAAAAAGCACUGCAGGGUGAGUUCAAGGAAGUAAAGAUUAAUCUACCUACCUGCUCUGCUGUGCCAUCUGAGCUUCGGGAAAAGCUUAUGUCCAAGAAGAAUGAAAUGCCAUCUUUGAGUUUGAGUGAAGGUAACACAUUAGUUGCCAGCUACAGCCUUUGUGAUGGGCUCCAGGUGCUGGUGUGUCAGGGUGACAUCACCAAGCAGGAUGCUGAUGCCCUGGUUAAUGCUGCCAAUGAAGAUCUGGACCAUUGUGGAGGUGUUGCUGCUGCACUGAGUAAAGCAGGCGGUCCUGAAAUACAGAGGGAGAGCAGUGCCUUAAUACAGUAUAUUGGGAAAAUUCCUACAGGUGAUGUGGUAGUGACCACAGGGGGGAAGCUUAACUGCAAGACACUACUGCAUGCUGUUGGACCUGCAGCUGGAAGAGCAGGUGGCAGGGAAAGGUUCUUACUUGAAAAAACUGUCCAGUCUGCUCUGAAUAUGGCAGAAAUCAUGGAGUUGAAGUCUAUUGCCAUGCCCUGUAUCAGCUCAGGUGUGUUUGGCGUUCCUCUCACUGUGUGCUCUGAGGCUAUUGUAACUGCUGUAAAAAGGUUUGGUAGUCAGGGAGGGCGAAGUCUGCGCAGAAUCAUCCUGAUUGAUAACAGAGGAGAGGUAGUGAGGGCCAUGCAGGAGGCAUGUGACAGGCUUCUCCAAGGGAUAAGUACCAAAAACACUACACCAAGUGAGGAUUUGGAAUACCUGAUGGGUGCUGCUGCUGCCCAAGACACAGCAAAAGAAGCCAAUGCUGGAGAUCCCGGAGAUGGUGUCCAUGUUCAGAUUGUUCAGGGAACCAUUGAAACCCAGGAGGUGGAUGCCCUGGUGUCUCCUAUGGUUGGCCAUAAUCCUCUCUCCACCCGUGUUGGAAACACUUUGUUCGAAAUGGUUGGAUCCCAGCUGACUGCUAGGUUUAGAGAGGAAGCAGGAGAAGAUACGCUGCCUGGUGAUGCAAUUCUGGUUGAGGGCUUGUCUGGACUUCCAUCUAAUGCAGUGUUCUUCCUCAACCUCGCUCCCUGGGACAAUGACCCAGAAGGAACUGCAGUCGAGAUUCUGAGACUGGGCAUCAACACGAUCCUAACUUCCUGUGAGAGAAGAGGAUUUGCAUCAGUCACUCUCCCUGUACUCGGGGUUGGGAUUGCCCUGCGUUUUCCUAACAGUUUGGUAGCCAGGAUUCUACAGGAGGAAAUUCAAGCAUUUAUACAGAACCGAGCCAGCAGAACGCCAUUCCUGGUCCGAAUCGCCAUCCACCCCAAUGACACAGAGGCCUUCAAAGAAUUCACAAAAGAUAUUCAUCAACCAGACCAAGUGUCGACUACAAAGAGGAUUGUCCUGCUGGGAAAAACUGGAUCUGGGAAAAGCAACCUAGCUAACACCAUAAUAGGAGAGGAGGAAACGUUCACCACAAACCAUUCUCCCAACUCUGGAACAAUUAUAUGCCAAUCAGAAACCAGAUCUGUCAAUGGAAGAAGCAUCAAUUUGAUCGACACCCCUGGUUUCUUUGAUGCAAACAGGUCUGAGGAGGACAUGAAGCCUGAGAUAUUGAGUUGUAUCACAGAGUGCGCUCCUGGGCCUCAUGCUUUUCUCAUUGUGCUCAAAGUGGAGAAAUUCUCAGAGCAGGAGCAGGAUGUCAUCAGAAAAAUACUUCAGUAUUUCUCUGAAGAUGCUCUGAAGUAUGCCGUGAUUGUCUUCACUCACGGUGACCAGCUCCCUAAAGGGAAGACAAUUCAAGAGUUUGUCAGCCAGAAUAAGAAUCUGAGUGAUCUGGUGAAGAAGUGCGGCGGCCGGUGCCACGUCUUUGACAAUAAAUACUGGAAGAACAAACAGCAGAAGAACUACAGGAGCAACCAGUCCCAGGUAGAGGAUCUUCUUAACACAAUAGACAAGUUGGUGAUGGAAAACAAUGGAGGCUACUACACCAACAAGAUGCUGCAAACAGUGGAGGAGGAAAUAAAUAUAGAAGCCAGCAAAAUAAAACUGUCAUCAGGACACCUGUCACAGGAAGAGGUCAGACAACAGGCUAAAACUAUUGUGUCUGAUAGGUUUUUGGUCAGACUGACAGGGACUGCAACAGGAGCAUUAUUAGGAGCUUUUUUUGGUCUGGCAGGGAUGGUUGGAUUAGUAAUCACAGCUGUGAAGAACAUUACGUCAUCCCUGAACGUAAUGAAAAACAUUCCAGCAUUAAGAGGGACAGCCACAACAGCAGCAGCAGUAGGAGGAGGUGAGGUAGCAAUAGCAGCUGGAGCAGUGGUAGGAACAGCCUGUGUUGCAGCUGGUGGAAUAAUUGGUGGUAAGAUUGGACUUGAUGCCGCUGAGGGAGCAAAAACACCAGGUGAGGCAGCACAGAUGGCUUAUAAGGCUGUUAUGGACAAGGCAAAUGCCACUUGGACGCAGAUGAAAAAACAUUAGUAUCACAUAUGCUACAGUUAUGCCUAUGUACACAUCUAGAAGACAAUAAGCAACAUUAGCAUUAAUUUGUCUUGUUUCUGGCCACCUGGCAAAUAUUUAUUCAGCAUUCACUCUCCUUUAAGCUCUGUUUUUGAUUCCACCUACUACGGAGGAAAAUAUUCUGCUCUUUAUUUGCUAAAUGCGCCACUAUGUUCACCAGCUCGCCGCUAUCAUUGUCCGUCUGUGAGACCACUGCAGAAACAAAGUUGACAUGCAUUCGCAGCACCAGAAAACCUAAACAAUAACCUUUAAAGAGACUCAAAAGGCUCCACAGAGCUGAGGUGAACUGACUGUCGGGUGAUGAUGCUUUGUGGCUUUGUUUCCGUUCAUGUAUACACAACCGAUCCAUUGUUAGUUAUAUAAAAAAAAAAGAUCAGUGCAGCGUUAAGGGGACUAAUUUUUGGGGCUGCGAACUACAACAAAAUGAAAAUUGAAAAUGGUGGAGGGAAAUGUUCACGCUUUAAAAUCAAAUCUCUGUUAUUACUACUUUUGUAAAUGACUUGUAAACUUUUGUAAUUGUCAUUUUAAUUGACUUUUGUAAUGCCAUCUUUAUAAAUUGAUGAUGUAUAACAAAUAUCUGUAUGUUGUAAGACCUGAUGUAUGAUUUGUUCAUUAUUAACAGGUUCAUGCGGUUAAUGAUCUAUCAUUAUAUGACAGUGAUUGUUUUAUAAAAUGUACUCUAACUUCAA